CGGUUCCGGGAAGCGGGCGUCUUUGCCCCCCCCACCGGGAGCGGCCGCGGCGGGAGCCCAGAGCGCGGGAACCCAGCAGGGCUCCGCCCCGCUGGCGACCCGAACACCCAACCUCCCUAAGUCACCGCACUGGCUGGUCAGGUGAUCAGCGGCGGGUGGUCACGUGAUUGCCCGCCCUCCCCUGGCUAGGCUGGAAAGAUCAGUUGAGUUGCAGCAGCCGCAGCGGCUCCCCGCGCCCGGACCACCCGCCUCCGCCCAGCAUUUAUCCCUCGCUCCAGAGCAAUGAAGUUGGCAGCCUUUGUCUCUGGCCUAGCCCUAGUGGCCUGUGCCUUGGCUCUGGAGAAUGGGCUCAUGCGGGUGCCCCCGAUGGGCUGGCUGGCGUGGGAGAGGUUUCGCUGCAACACUGACUGCAAGACGGACCCUGACAACUGCAUCAGCGAGAAGCUUUUUGUUGACAUGAUAGAUUGUCUAGCGGAUGAUGGCUGGAAGGAGCUGGGCUAUGUGUAUGUGAACAUAGAUGAUUGCUGGAUGGCGAAGAAGCGGGACGCAAAGGGGCAACUGAUCCCGGAUCCCGAGCGGUUUCCCAGUGGGAUCAAAGCCUUGGCGGAUUACGCGCACUCCCGGGGGCUGAAGUUGGGCAUCUAUGGAGACAUGGGCACUUACACAUGCGGUGGCUACCCAGGCACCACGCUGGACCGGGUCGAACAGGAUGCCCUGACCUUCGCGGAGUGGGGCGUGGACAUGCUGAAGCUGGAUGGCUGCUACUCAUCAGAAGAAGAGCAGGCCCAGGGCUACCCUAAAAUGGCAAUGGCCUUGAAUGCAACAGGCCGCCCCAUUGCCUAUUCCUGCAGUUGGCCAGCCUAUCGGGGAGGGCUUCCACCCAAGGUGAACUACACCCUCCUGGCGAACAUCUGUAACCUCUGGCGUAACUAUGGUGACAUUCAGGACUCCUGGAACAGCGUCCUCUCUAUUGUGGACUGGUUUUCAGCAAAUCAGGAUGUGCUGCAGCCGGUGGCCGGCCCUGGCCACUGGAAUGACCCAGACAUGCUGAUCAUUGGAAACUUUGGCCUCAGCUAUGAACAGUCCCGAUCCCAGAUGGCCUUAUGGACGGUGCUGGCUGCCCCGCUCUUCAUGUCCACGGACCUCCGCACCCUCUCCCGCAGCUCCAGGGAGAUCCUGCAGAACCGACUGAUGAUCAAAAUCAACCAGGACCCCUUGGGAAUCCAGGGACGCAGAGUCCUUAGGGAGAAGUCUCAGAUCGAGGUGUUCCUGCGCCCGCUUUCCCACUCAGCCAGUGCCCUGGUCUUCCUCAGCCGGCGGACAGACAUGCCAUACCGCUACACCACCUCCCUCAGCAAGCUCAACUUCUCCGCCAGUGCCGUGUACGAGGCACAGGAUGUGUACAGUGGCGGGAUCAUCAGCGGCCUGAAGGCUGGAGAGAACUUCACUGUCAUCGUCAACCCCUCGGGAGUAGUCAUGUGGUACCUCUAUCCCACAAUGUACGUGGAUCAACCCUUGGACUUUGUCAGACAGCACCCGCAGGGGAAGGGCUUCCACCCAUUUGCACUGUGAAGCCAAUCGGAGGAAGAGGAUGGGGGGCCAGCUGUGGGUACAUGUUGCUCUCUGGCCAGGAGCGACUCCUCCUGAUCUACAUUUACCCGCUUUGUGCCUUAGUUUUCCUCUCUGUCAACCAGGGAGAACUGUUAACUCUCACCUCACGCCUGGGAGGUAGGUAAUUCAUUACUGAUUGUAAAGUGCUUUGAGACCCUUCCCUUGAUGGUGCCAGACAAGUGCAGAACACAGUCACUGUGAGCGCUGGCUAACUCUCGCUACUGGAACACUUGCUAGAGGAGCUGCAUGUAAUAUCGCAGCUCAGUGAAGAGGUCAUUUCCCCUAGAUUUGCAGUAAGGCCUUCGAUCUGACCCCUGCUGUACCUGUCAUGAGGAGUGAGUCUCCCUGGAGGUGCUAUACUGGCAAUCACAUGUUCCUUGCGGGGGAACUUUUCUACCCAAGAUCGUCCCUAGACAUAUGCAGAAUACGCAGCUGCAUAGGGCACCAUGAAAUGUGGGGCACCAAAUUGCUCCAAAUUUUAUGCUGCCCUAGGCAGUUGCGUGCAUACGCGGCAGCACCAGCUCCGGCAGCCAGCCCUAUUCCCCAGCCGGCCCACUCAUGAGCUGCGCCCACUGCAAGGGGCAGGGCCAUCCCUGGGGGGUGUGGGGCCUGGAACAACUCCCUCCACCCCAUCUCUUUCCCCCUGCUCCACCCUUGGCCCACCCCCAUUCCACCCCUUCCCCCCUGCGCUGGAAGCAGGGGUCGGGCCUGACCCCGGACUCUCCGGCAACGGCAGGAAGCGGACCAACCCGGCCCCAGCCUGCUCCACUCCGCCAGCUUCCAGCUGUCACUCCAAUUCCUACUGCCAGUGAGUGGGGGGGGGGGCAGUCCUUUCCCCUCCCACAAGCGACAUGGCUGGGAGCCGGGGCGGGGAGAGCGGAACGGGUUGGAGCUGGGUCGCUCCACUUCCCACUACUGGUGAGUGCAGCCGGGGGGCGGUCUUUUCUCCAACCCCUCCUCCCCCCCAAGCGACACGACUGAGGCUGGGUCGUCCUGCUUCCUGCUGUGGGUGCCAGGCCCCCCACUAAUCCCCUGGGCUCCAUGUGGGGCCCCCCACAGCUCCUGCCUCUGUCAUUCUGCAGCCCUUGAGUGUGGGCAUCCCCCUCCCUGUGGAGGGCCGGACCCCCCGGGGGAGCAGGUGCUCUGGCUGCAUAGGGCACCAUAAUUUAUAGGGACGGGGCUGUUUCUACCAUUUCCUUCGCUUAGAAUGACAACUUCAGUCAGUUGAACUCACCCCCUGCCAGUUGUGAAAGCAUUAGCGCCUGCAGGAGGCAGCACUGUCCGGUAGCCAGAGCAGGGCCUUGGGAGUUAGAAACUCCUGAAUUUCAAUGCUGCCUCUGCACGUACCCCAGCAGUUGCUAAAGGUGAUGUCUGCACUACCCCUGCUACAGUGGCACACUUAUGGGGCUGCUGCACCCUUGUGUAGACACUUCCUGCACUGAUGGGUGGGGCUUUUCCAUUAGUGUUGUUAAUCCCACCUCUCCAAGAAGCGGGUGGCUAGGUCAAUGUCAACAGCAGGGGCUAGACCAACCUAACUGCUGUGCUCAGGGUGUAUAAUUUGUCACAGCCCUGACCCAUGGAGCUAGGUUGAUGUAAUUUUUUAAGUGUAGACCAGUGGUUCUCAACCCAAGACCCAAUUAACACACAGCUGCGGCCUAUGUGACAUCCUCACAGCCACACAGGUAGUAUAUAUGUUGUGUGGAUGUGGCCAUUGUAACACACAGAGAGCUGCAUAUGUGGCCCACAAUGGUAGAUCAGUUGGGGACCACGGGUGUAGACCAAGCUUUAGUUUCCCCAUCUGUAAAUUGGGGACAGUACCACUCAGUACCACAUGAAGAUUAUUAGUCAUUUUUAGCACUUAACAUCUUCCCAGUGCCCUACAAAUAGGAGCAGGGUCAUCCCAGAAUCUGAGCUUGGGUGAGCCUUAGUAUUGCCCAAUACUGAGGCACAGGGAGGCUAUACAAUAAAUCAGUGGCAGAGCAGAAAUUAAACAGGACUGCCUGGCUGCUGCUCACCCAGCCUGCCUCUUCAGUUAAUUCACAGGGUGGAGAUUUACAGUGUUCUCCAUUGAUUUAUGCCUUAUCACCCUUAGACAAACACUACUGCUCAAUGUACAGAGCAGAGAAAGCAGCAGUGUAGUGUCUGGGUCACUGCCUGACUGGGGCUCGGAAUCACUUGUGCACCCACCAUCUUGUCCAGGGGAGAAUUGCCUCAUGUUAGCACUAGCCUGUCCAGCAGCUGAGCUGGUUGUUCCUGCUGGAUGAGGAUGGGCUCCCUUCCUUCUCGAGCUGUCCAACAUUCCAGGAUUUCUCAGGGAAAGGCAGCUGUGUACAUAUUUAUAAGUUUCCAUGACCAAUAGCCUUUUAGCCAUUAAUACACUGCCAGGGGACUGCGUUAGGUGCCUGUCACUUGCAUUAUGGGCUUCAGACCACAGCUGGUUGCACUCCAUUGUCUGAAAGGGAACCCUGUUGCUAUGUAUUAGACUACGUUGUGCUAGAGAAUUAAUGUUUGAAUAACACAUGUGUAUGGGCAGAAGAGGAACGUUGAUAGGCUAUUUUCCUUCCAGUUACAACAUUCCACUAUCUUCUUCAUCCCUGCUGGGCCCAAACUGACAGGUCAAGGGCUGGGGGAAGGGCUAGUCUGGGAGAAUUCUGCACCAAACAAUUAAAAAUUCUGUGCCCAAUAUUAAAAUUUUUCAAAAUUCAGCAUAUUUUAUUUGUCAAAAUAAUGUAAUCAUACUGGCUUCAAUUAUUUAGGUCACUUAUUUAAAGUGCACUACAAUGGCUGGAGAAGGGGAGUAAGUAGCAUUGGAGGAAAUCUCCAAACCCCCUUGCCUUAUAGUAAUGUUGCUAGGUUUGACCCUUUAUUUCCAGUUAUUAGUCAACCAAUAUAUGCAGCCAUGUGCUCAGUGUUACAUCAUAGGCACCUGAUGAGCAAGUGAGGGCUGGGAAUAUGGGCUACUGACCACCCCAGGAAGGUCCAUAGCAAACAGUUCAUGGAGCACAUUUUUUCAGGCCAAAAAUUUAGACCAGUUCUAAUCACUGAAGCACAUGAGCAUUUAUAAGGCCAUACUGUCCUUUACAGCACUCUGGCACUGUAAAGGAGCCUUAAAACUUUUACACCUGUUUUAUACUCCAGGGGGAAUUCACUAAGUAGGCAGGCUGCUACGUUCUGCUCCUCAGAAACACCCUGAAGGCCCACCCCUCCAUGCCCAGCGUACUGCAAUAGCAAGCGAGAGAGACAGAGUGUGUCUCUCUCUCUCUCACACUCACACACACCUGCCCAACUCCCCUCCCCUCCUGGCAGUAAUUUAUGUCUCUACCAGCUGCUCUGGGUGCCUGAACCAACCUGCCUGUGUUGCCAGAGAGGGGUGUGACCACUCUUGCGGUUUCCCUUUACUUCCCCAUCAGAAGUCAUUUUUCUACAGAGAAGCAAAUCUGCAGGGGAGAUGAAUUCUGCACAUGUGCAGUGAUGCAGAAUUCCCCCAGGAGUAGUAGGGGCUUAGCUCCUCACUCAGCAAGAAGAAUGUUUCAGAACACUAGGCGCCCUCUAGGCUGGAUAAAUGGGACAGACUGCAGCAUAAGGUUUGGAGGAAUGUGUGGCAUAGCAGAUGUUAACUGGUGGAUGAGGGGACUUUGCAACAGGGCUCUAAGCCCGGCUUUUGCAUGCACCAAGUGACACCAGCAAAUGGCUGCCCACUGCUCUCCCCCUCUCCCAUAUAGCAACUUACAUAGGACUCUGAUAAGUAACACCUGUCACACUGCAGUAGGCUGUACUGUUGAUACAAUAGGAGAUACCCAUGCUUAAAAAAAGCUGGAUACUGACUGACUGCUAGCAGAGCUGGCCUUGGCCAUUUUGGACAGAACCACAAGAGUCUUUUUAUUAGUGCACUUCAAGCUGCAGGACUGGCCUGAGGAGCUCAGGAGAAUCUCUACGAGGUCCCCACCAGGGCAGAAGUAGAAGCCAGCUGCUUGUUCCUUUCCACUUCAGCAAGCUGAUAACCUUGUUUAUGUUUUCAAGACUUCCUCUGCAAGGAAAAGGGCUAGACACCUGCUGUAGGACAGACAUGCUGCAGUCCCUGCACAGUUCCCCCCCCCCCCCCGCACUGACAGUAGGGAGUGGUACAGGCUUUGCAGAAUCAGCCAGGUGCUGGUGAAGAGAACUCUAAACAUUGCUUUCCAAUGAAAAUAAAUGAAGGACUGAUUGCACUUGAGCACUGUAGGCAGGGAAGUAGGUUCUAGCUCUGUUUUAUUUUAGCUAGAGAUGUGUCACAGAUCUGUGUUUUACUGGAACUCCUGGCUGACUAAGCAGCAUAAAAUAUGUUACCAGCUAGCAAGGGGGUUAUCACCUAUGCUAGGAACUGGAGCUGUAUACAUUACAGAGGGUGAGCUGAUGCAGAGCAGGGCCUCCUUUGAAAGUGAUUAUGGGGCCAGGUUAAUUCUUAAUGAGGACUCAGGCUUCACUGCUUCAAUCAAUCAAUCAGUGUGUUGUAAUGAAAAGUCCUCUCUCAAACCUGUAACUUUGUCUACAAUAAAAACAACAAACUUAA